CCCCAUCUCUCCGGCCAUUUUCUCCUCCAGCUCUCGCUUCCGUGUCAUUUUUUUCUUUUUCUUUUUUUCUUGCCUUCUUUCGAAAGAUCGCUUCCGUUCUUUCCAUUUGGGGAAAGCGAUGGCGGCGAGGCGAGGGAAGUGGCAUCCGCCGCCGGCACCGACUCCAAGGAUCAUCCAUCUCCCGCGGAGGUCCAGGCUGUCCCGGUCCGCGAAGGCGGCUUUGGCGGCGGCGAAGGCGCGGCCGACGAGGUUGCCGUCGGUGUCCCGCAGGAAUCUGGGGGUUCUCUUAGACGAGGAGAGGACGUUCGCCGGCGGAGGUUCGGAGAGGAGAGCCUCGCCCGGCGAGAGCCACGGGGGUUCCGGGGAGGAGAGGUGGAGGUUUCAGGUGGAGAUCCUCCGGGCGGAGUGCAAUUUUCUCCGGAUGGAGAGGGAGGUGGUACGGCGGAAGCUGGAGAGGAAUCGGGCUCAAAUGGAGACCAUCUUGAGAUCCGCCGUGGAAACUCUCAUUUCGGGGAGUAAGAAGAUUGAUGGGAGUGAGAGCGUGGUGACGGCGUUGAAGGAGGAGAUCGAGGAGCUGGAGGAGAAGCUGGAGGAGUUGCAGCUGGAAAGGAGUGGUAGGAGGAGAGGGAAGGAGAGGAGCUGCGGGCGUAACUUCGACCGGCAAGCUUCGGUGCUCCGGCGGCAGCUCGAGAAGAUGGCGGACGAGACCAGCGUCAGGCAAGUCCGAGAGAUCGCCGCCGAGGAGAAAAAUGAUAAGGAAAACUCUCCUCUUCAAUCCGAUCGUCCUUGCCGGUUUCCCGAUGUGGAGAUGCUGAGGAGGAGGAUGGAAGGGCUGUCCAAAGAGAUGUUGGAGAGGAUGGAGGAGUACGGUUGCCUGCUGUCUGCCAACUCCUCUUUCUACUCUCACUCCACCACCGUUAGUCGCAGCGAAAGCAAGAUGAUGAGGUGUUGCAGCCGCAGAAGAGUGAUCGAGCAUACGGAAAUGGCAGUGAAGUCGCAACACUGCCAUCCACAACAGGUGGAGGAGGAGAAGGGAUGGGCUGUGAUGGGGUCAGAGAACUGCUGCAACUGCAAGAAGGUGGUGAGGAGGAUAAUGGAGGAGGUGAGGUCAGAGACAGAGCAAUGGAGUGAGAUGCAAGGCAUGUUGGAACAAGUUAGGGUGGAAAUGGAGGAGCUCCAGUCAUCCAGGGACCUCUGGCAACAUCGCUCCAUUACUUCUGAAAUGAAUAUCCACUCCAUUCAGACUCAAAUGCUGGAGUGGAAACGAAGAGCACGCGCCUCUGAGCACAAGAUGACUGAGCUGCAGAAACAGGUUUCUUCUGAGCUCCAAAUCAAGCUGCAAUCAACAAGGGCUGAGCUUUUUCUCCCCCCCACUUCAUCCUCUCAAACACAUUCAGAGAAAUGGAACCAAGAUCUUCAAAGGAUCAAAGACCAGCAGCAGAGAUUGCUGGACUCUCACAGGGAGAAAGAGAAGCAUGUCCUGGUCUGCCGCUUGAAGAAUCCACAUUGCAAUUUUUCCCAACGUUUGCCAUUGCAGGCUAUUGGAAAUAACUUUCCUACGUUCCGGCCAUGAUAUUGAGCCUAAGGUACUAUGAGAUAACUUCAGAGGGAAGUAAAACAAACCCUGGACUGCAGCAACACAUGGCCUUGGACUUCCUCAAUGGAUCAGUUUUGCUUGUACGUCAGACGUGGUGGCAAUUCCUGCCACAAGAUCCGAUAAGCGACUACGGGAAAGGGCAUCUAAAAUGGAGGAUUGGAAAAUUUAGUAUAUUUGAGAGCAGAUUUUCCUUUGGUACUAAACGACCGUUGCUUCCAGCAGGAUGUAAUUUUAGUCUCUAAAGCAAUGAGGAAAAGAAAGAAAGAUGGAGAUAGUGGCCCUGUCGACCAAGCACUCUUUUGGAUUGCA